AUGUGUUUCGGCAGUCAGGACAACGACCCUACUCAACAACCCAUCAAAAUUACUCAAUCAUCCGAGGCUCAAUCAGAUGGCUCGACUCCAAGCAAACGAAAAGAGCAGAAGAAACAUUCAUACACCGAUCUACACGAUUCUGAAACUCGGGAUGUCCAUCAAAUCGAGAAGGCAAACCUAGACUCCAAGAAAUCCGAACCAACAUCUUCGGCACCGCUCACGCGCAAGCAACUCCGCGACAAGUAUAACAAUAAGCCAAAUAAUGUCGCGGUGUUUGCAGGAAACAAUUACGACAUCUUUUGA